AUGCCGCGGCCGGGGAAGAACUCGUACAGCGACCAAAAGCCGCCCUACUCUUACAUCUCGCUGACCGCCAUGGCAAUCCAGCACUCGGCAGAGAAGAUGCUGCCUCUGAGCGACAUCUACAAGUUUAUCAUGGAGCGCUUCCCCUACUACCGCGAGCACACACAGCGCUGGCAGAACAGCCUACGCCACAACCUCUCCUUCAACGACUGCUUCAUCAAGAUUCCGCGGCGCCCCGACCAGCCUGGCAAGGGUAGUUUCUGGGCGCUGCACCCCGACUGCGGUGACAUGUUCGAGAACGGCAGCUUCCUGCGGCGUCGCAAGCGCUUCAAGGUGCUGCGCGCCGACCAUACUCACCUGCACGCGGGAAGCACCAAGGGCGCGCCAGGCGCCGGGCCGGGAGGGCACCUUCACCCCCAUCACCACCACCACCCCCAUCACCACCAUCAUCACCACGCUGCCGCGCACCACCACCAUCACCACCACCCACCCCAGCCGCCGCCGCCGCCCCCGCCGCCGCCGCACAUGGUGCACUAUUUCCACCAGCAACCGCCUACUGCUCCGCAGCCGCCUCCGCAUCUCCCGUCGCAGCCCCCGCAGCAACCGCCCCAGCAGUCGCAGCCUCAGCAGCCGUCUCAUCCCGGCAAGAUGCAGGAGGCGGCGGCCGUGGCGGCGGCAGCGGCGGCGGCCGCGGCAGCCGCGGUGGGCAGUGUGGGACGCCUGUCUCAGUUCCCACCUUAUGGGCUGGGCUCGGCCGCCGCCGCUGCCGCCGCGGCCGCGGCGUCCACAUCAGGCUUCAAGCACCCCUUUGCCAUUGAGAACAUUAUUGGCCGGGACUACAAGGGCGUGCUGCAGGCUGGAGGGCUGCCCUUGGCGUCCGUCAUGCAUCACCUGGGCUACCCCGUGCCCGGCCAGCUCGGCAACGUCGUCAGCUCAGUGUGGCCGCACGUUGGCGUCAUGGAUUCAGUGGCCGCCGCCGCGGCCGCCGCAGCCGCAGCCGGAGUCCCAGUAGGCCCGGAGUAUGGGCCCUUCGGGGUCCCGGUCAAGGCCCUGUGCCACUCGGCAAGCCAGAGCCUGCCUGCCGUGCCGGUGCCCAUCAAGCCCACGCCUGCGCUGCCGCCUGUGUCCGCGCUGCAGCCGGGGCUCACUGUCCCCGCGGCUUCGCAGCAGCCUCCGGCGCCAUCCACCGUGUGCUCCGCGGCCGCGGCCUCGCCGGUUGCCUCUCUGCUGGAGCCCACAGCCCCUACUGCGGCGGAGAGCAAGGGCGGCUCCUUGCACUCGGUGCUAGUGCACUCCUAG